AAAGCCCUGCCCAUUUUCAACCACAAUGGAGUCUAUAGAGAUUUACUCCCCUACUACUAAUUCUUACCUUUAAAUUAAUUCGGGUUAUAUUCAGCCUAUAUUUCCCGUUCAUUGCGAACAGUGGUUUGACAUUUCUGGCUCAAUUGCAGCUUCUAAAAUACUAUAUAUUUUCUUAGCUGACUUCAAUCAGGAAGUUGUUUCAGGCUAUGUAGCACUAAUCUCAUUUUGUCAUUCAAACGCUGCAUUUUUGUUUGGGGGAAAACGACCAACUAAAUUAAGGCAUGACUGAGUAUAAGCUUGUUGUGGUGGGUGCUGGAGGUGUGGGGAAGAGUGCCUUAACUAUCCAACUCAUCCAGAAUCACUUUGUGGAUGAAUACGACCCCACCAUCGAGGACUCGUACAGGAAGCAGGUGGUGAUUGACGGAGAGACGUGUCUGCUGGACAUCCUGGACACAGCAGGUCAGGAGGAGUACAGUGCCAUGAGGGACCAGUACAUGAGGACAGGGGAGGGCUUCCUCUGUGUGUUCGCCAUCAACAACAUCAAGUCCUUUGAGGACGUUCACCUGUACAGAGAACAGAUCAACAGAGUGAAGGACAGUGACAGUGUGCCUAUGGUGCUGGUGGGGAACAAGAGUGACCUGGGGAGUCGCAGCGUGGAGAGCAGGCAGGCCCAGGAGCUGGCCCGUGGCUACGGUGUGCCUUUCGUGGAGACCUCCGCCAAAACCAGACAGGGAGUGGAGGAGGCGUUCUACUCUCUAGUCAGGGAGAUCAGGAGGUAUAAGGAAACCAACCGCAGCAACAAGAAGAGCAAGAAAAGCACUCAGAGACGUUGCACCAUUCUAUAACACCACACACACUGCACAUAGCCCUAUAACCCCUUCACACACUGCAGUUCCUUUACGACAUGAGAGACGUCACCUCUCGUAUUGACAGUGGAUCCGGAAUGGUGAACGCAUCAAGUUCCACUUUCUGUCAUUAGUGUCGUCGCCGUAGUAACGUAAACUUCACUUCCUGUUGCUUGUCAUUGGCUGCUCCAUUAGUAUUGUGACUUCAGUUUAUCCACGUUGUUUUUUGACAGUUGUAACAAGAAAGUAGAUGUUGUAGCAUUGAGGGGAUUUAUAGACUGGGUUUAAAGCCGCCAUAUUUGGGAUGUCUUCGGUUGGUUUAAAUAUGAACGUCACUUUACUGCCCCUAGUGGUAAACGUCUCUUAGGGAAGUAAUUCAUUCAUUGAUUAAUUAAUGGCCCAAGUCACAUAGCUACACAUUCCAAAUGAUCAUCUUGUUUCUUUUUUCACCAUGGGGGGGAAAAAAGCCAUUUUGGUCUUUGCCAACAUGUGUUCUGCAUUGUAAGAAGCCAGUGUAGGCUAGCUAUUCAUGCAUUCCAAGUUAGUUUUCUCUUCAAUAUUUACACACAGAAGUGGCUAUCUCUGUUACUGUCUUUUAAACGCCUCAGCAGUGUUGUAACAGAGAAGGUAUUUUGGUCCUCACUAGCCUCACCAAUCUCUCGUUUUCUGUAUAUAUAUAUUUUUAUCCAAUCACUGAGAGUCGAAGGCCACCGCUCUCUAUUGUGUCAUUAGGCAGUGUUUACACAGGCAGCCCAAUUCUGAUCUUUUGCCCAAUUAUUGGCAAAAGAGCUGAUCUGAUUGGUCAAAAGACCAGUUAGUGGGAAAAUAUCAGAAUUAGGCUGCCUGUGGAAACAUGGCCUUAUACUGUUGCCAUUUCUAUAGGAUCAUGUCCAAUUAUUUAGGCUAGCUGUUCAGUUCAGUGUCCUACUAGCUUGAGUUCCGUUUAUACUGUAAAGUUGUGUACAUUAACAUGUUUAUUGUGAAUUCUGAACGCCAGACUCCAUUUUGAUGUCCGUCAUGUGGUAUUAUUUCAGAUACAGAUUCUGGCUGUGUUCCAAUGUCCAUGCUAGCAUACUCCUUAGUGCAUGCCCAAUAGCUUCAUGCUAAGUGGCAUCAUGAUUUAGUGGUCAAGAAUUUGAGCUGAAGGAUCCCAAAACUCAAUUGGCCUUUGCAAAUGAGUAAUGUUUAAUUGGGGAAUAUCUCUAGCUUUUUACAUUCUUAAUAGCUGAAGACGGGGACUUUUUUGCAAGAGGUUGAAAUAGAACGUGUCAGAGAAAACGUGAUGAUUCUCUUAUGUAGAGCUCGAAACAGCGUUCAUUCUAUACGUAUUUCAAUCUGCAACGUUUUAAAUAUUUCAGUCCACAGAUAUCUGAAGUGUUAGACAAGGGAAUCGGGGGACAAAAACAGGUAUUUAAACACACUGAAAUGUGUCAGACCAACACUUUGAGUGAAAAAAUGCUGUUUUAUUGGUUGGAAGUAUUCUAAAUGUGGUAAUUGGACACUUUCAAGUCUCAUCCCCAAAUGACUGAUGUAAUAUGUGGGCUGAGAGGUGAACCCACAAUGACCCUGAUGUUGCCAGCAGGAUGAGCUAACUCAACCUCUAGGAAGAAUCCCCCUAAUGUUUCAGUGGUUACUGAGUGUAACCUAUAGGUGUCUAUGGUAGUGUUACAUUGCCCAGGUCGCUGCAGCAAUACCAACGCUCUAAUAGUGUUACUCAACUCUCCGGGAGUGUAGUCCUGCAUCCCCUCACCCCCCUGUUGCACAUUUUUGUUAUAGCCCAGCACUAACACACUUGAUGCAACUGCUCAAGAGCUUGUUGAUAGUUGCAGCAGGUGUGCUACUGUGGUGCUGGACUAAAGUAAACAAUUGUGCAACCCUUAGGGCCCUCAGACUCAACUCUGGACCUCGAAGCCAGUUCUACUGCAAUUUUUUAUUGUUGCCCUCUAAUCAGGGACUGAUUUAGACCUGGGACACCAGGUGGCUGCAACUAAUUCAGGUAGAACAGAAAACCAGCAGGCUCUGGACCUCGUAGGGUAAGAGUUGAAUACCCCUGCCCUAGGGGGACCCAUGACAGGAGUUAAGCAACACUGCUAGAAUACGUUCCACUUUUAGAGACCAUACUGCCAGUGUACUGAGUUGUACUACCCCUUCAUACCCCUGGUCCAGUCACUUUAAGGUUGUUUCAUUAAUAAAGUGGCUUUUGGCUA